AGAUAUUUAUACCCAGGGUCAGGGAGAGCGCAGGCAGGCAGCCCAGGCUGGGAGAGCCGGGACUGCCGGGGGUAGAGAGACCACUGCCUGAGGCGUGUAGGGGCAGGUGGGGCUGGGCGUGUCCUGAUGUCUGUCUCAGCAUCUCCACCUGUGUCCAGGGGCAGCUGGCUUCCCUUACAAGGGGCAAUGGUAUCUCCGGGCCACAUCCUGACUCUCUGCCUGUGUCUCCUCACCAUGGCCAGUGCGGAAGGACCACAGGAACCUGAUCCAUUCACCUACGAUUACCACACCCUGAGGGUCGGUGGCCUCAUCAUCGCUGGGAUCCUCUUCAUCCUGGGCAUCCUCAUCAUCCUCAGCAAGCGAUGUCGGUGCAAAUUCAACCAACAGCAGAGAACUGGGGAACCUGAUGAAGAGGAGGGAACUUUCCGCAGCUCCAUCCGCCGUCUGUCCACCCGCAGGCGGUAGAACCUCCACCUGGCUCCAGGAAACUCAGCCAGGACCCCCUUGACACCUGCCGCCCCUCCUCACCCAGCUGCCUGUGGCCACCUCCAGCGUCCCUUGCCUCAGCCCUGCCUCUCGGACACCCCUUACUGCUAAAGACCUCCAAUAAAACUCGGUUUUCCCUCUUGA